CUAGGAAGGAACCUCACCAGCAGGGCACAGUCAGCCAGAGCCCGAGAGCUCAGAGUGAACUAUUAAAGCAGCACAAACUUCAGGCUCAAUGGGAAGGCGGCCUUGGUCUCGCGCUCCCCCUGCGGGCGACAUCCGCAAUCGUUCUGCUUCAGCAUGCUGCCUGGACAUCUAUUCCUGGUGGGAGGAGCUAUGCUGAGCCUCAGCACAGCCAGCUCACUUGAUUGGGGUAAACCUUGGAGCCUGAGCCUGCAGCACCAAGAAACCAUGAGCUUCUUGGCAGAGUUGAAAACCGUGCAGGCUCACCAGUGCCUGCGGGACAGAACCAAUUUCCGAUGUCCCUGGAAGAAAGGACCUCUCAUCACUCAGGUGAAGCUGCAAGAAGCCACCAGUUGCUACUCCCAGGUGCUCAGGCAGGUCCUCCACCUCUUUGGCACAGAGGCCAGCAGAGCUGCCUGGCCAGAGAGGGCGCUUGAUCAGUUCCUAACUAGCCUGUGGAGUGAGCUGGGAGUGCUGGAGAGAGCAAGAGAGCAGGGCCAGUCCUGUCCACUGCGUUUCGCCCUGGCCAUCCGCAUCUACUUCCUUGGGUUCUUCCGCUAUCUGAAGGGAAAGGCACACAGCCCUUGUUCCUGGGAGAUGGUCAGAGUACAACUGCAAGUGGACCUCUCAGCAUUCCCACUGUCUGCGUGAAGGAGCCUCAAGAAGAGGAGAAGCUCCCUGCAGGAAUGUCUGCUCUCCUCCCUUUCUGGAUUCAAAGCAGACACUUGGAUUGGGUUUUCGAUUGGGAUUAGGCACCAGGUGAAACGGGUCUGCAUCGAAAAAGAACACGGAGUCUUUAUGUCUUUCCCGGCUGUGCCCCCAAGAAUCAUAUCGGGCACCAUACCUAGUGAAUGUUUGAAAGCAAAGUUGUAUG